UGGGGGUGGUGAGGUGAAUAUAAAAGCGGUGCUGUUGAGGAAUUAGGUAAUAUCCCUCCGGAGAAAACACGCAGAGAAAUAUUUCCUCACACUAUCACUAUCUUUACGGGUAAUGUGUAAUGCUGGUUUGUGCAGCACAGCAGGCCUAAAGGGACUGAGGCUGUGAGCCCCCCAGAGUCUCCACGAAGACCCAGACGAGCAUAAAACUGCAGACGCUGCUGUCAGCAGCUGGAGGGAGAGCAUGUGUGGUUGUCCUUGCAGAGGCAGACAGACGAGCAUCAGGAUGAGGAGCCCCCUGCAGUGUCUCGCCCUCUGUGCCGUGCUCUCUCUGUGUGUCUGCUACGAUUUGUUCGUGAGCCCGAACCGAGCCAACUCCUUUAUUCCGCCACAGAGGGGUAACGCCUACAACCUCCCCACCAGAGGAAACUCCUACAACUACUACAACUACAUGAGGAGAAUAAAGUCUCCGGCUGAGAGGCGUGCGGAGACCUGUGAGGACUACUCUCCCUGCCGCUUCUACGCCUACAGUCAUGGCUACCAGCAGGCCUACCAGAGAUACUUUGGGUCCAGGAAUCCGGCCCAGAUGGCAGCCAGGCCCCGUCGAUACUGAGCUGAUGCUGUAAAUGCUCAUUACCGAUACUAAAAAUGCUCGUUAUCUUCUCCAUACGAGUUCAUUAAUGGUGAGGUUUGCUAUCGUUCUUGUAGUACCUUCUCAAUAUGUAAUCCCAGAAGGAUUAACAUUCUCACGAAUGCUAAUCCGGCAUGACCCGUCAUUAUGCAUUUGUAGAAUGUUAUAAAGCCGUCACUUGUCUAAUCUCAGGAUAACUUUUAUCCACUAUUAUCACACCUUCCCAUCAUUUAUGAGCUUUAUGGGACGUGCCUGAGUGAAGUGGAGUCUGUUUUGCCAUGUUAUUUACUCAUAUCCAGGCCAGCAGCAAUGUCUGCUUUAAUUACUGCACUUUUGAAAAUUAAUAAAAUUCCCUUGGUUGGGUUUUUAUAUUAA